CGGGGCUUGCUGCGCGGCUGAGGUUGCCGACUCGUCCCCAUGGCUGCUGCGCCGGAGCCCGGGGAGCCCGGGAAGCGGAAGCCCUUUAAGCUCCUAGGAAUUUUAGAUGUCGAAAACAUUCCUUGUGCACGAGAUUCGAUACUGUAUGGUUCAUUGGGAUCUGUUGUGGCUGGCCUUGGACAUUUCUUGUUAACUAGUAGAAUUAGAAGAUCAUGUGAUGUUGGAGUAGGAGGAUUUAUCUUGGUGACUUUAGGAUGCUGGUUCCACUGUAGGUAUAAUUAUGCAAAGCUGAGAAUCCAGCAAAGAAUUGCCAGAGAAGGAAUUAAAAAUAAGAUAUUAUAUGAAAGCACCCACCUUGAUCCUGAAAGAAAACCAACCAACGGCAACCACAGCAACUGAGCAUUCUUGAGUGUAGAAAACCAAAAUACAACUCCCUGAAGUCAGUGUGAACAAAGCUAAGACCAACCAGAUAAAGCAUUCUGUGUACAUUAAGAAAGCUCUUAAUCAAGUAAAUAAAAAUAUGUGUAAAUUGUAGUCUUUUUCCCGCCCGUACUUGACAAUUUAUUCUGGCUCUGUAUCUACUGCCAGUAUAGCAUUCUUAUGUGUUAACAUACAGUGGACCUGUCAUACUUAAAAUAUAGACAGAGUUUACUGGCAGUGUGAUGAAGAAUUAUAAAACCUAGUGCUGGGCUGGCACCGGUUGGCUCACUUGGUUAGAGCACGGUGCUGAUUAACACCAAGGGUCCGGGAUUCCAUCCCUGCACCAGCCAGCUGCCAAAAAAUAAAAAUAAAAAAUUUGAAAUAUAAAACCUAGUGUUUAAUGUACCUGGAAAA